AUGACUGAGGUCGGGCACCCCGACCUAUCGAGGCUGCUUCAAUCAAAGCGCAACGACUGCAAUGCAAUCGUAACGUCGAGAAAGAGAAAGCUGCGCGAGCUCUUCGCGGUCGCGACCCAAGUCGAGACCUUGCCGAGCCAUGCAUUUGCUAACCCUGACGCGCCAGCGGCAACACAGGCUGAAUGGCAGUUUUUGCAAGCAAAUGACAUCUUGCACAUCAAAAAGGAAUUGUCGGUAGCGCCCGUACAAAAAUCAUCUGAUGUAUCCCAGUCCAAGACGGUUGAUUCUGUUGCCAAUGGCCGACCGAGCUCAGCAUCAGGCAGUUCAGCACAGGCAACGCCAAUUCUGCCUGCACAGAAAUCAUCGCAAAGCACGACAUCUCCCGCGAAACCAGUUGCGCCUGGAUCAAAACCACCAUUAGCUGUUGAGCCGACCACGAAUAUCAAGAUCAAAACAAAUAGCGCCUCGACGACCAACAAUGCAACUCAACCACAACCACAACCACAACAACCUCAUGUUAAAUUUCCUCCAGGGACGAAGAAGUCUGCCAGCAGUGCAACUAAACACAAUGACACAGCUCUAGGAUCGGUCACUCCAACACCUCUUCCGAUUAAGCAGCCGACCGCCACUGCGUCGCUUAAAAAUAAUGCAACCAAUGCGCCUCUCAGCAUUAAACUCCCGCCUGAGGCUGUUAAAGCAGCCGAGGCUAUGUCAUCGCCAGCAUCGACUACUCACACCGCGACCACGCCGGCCAUACACGACGUAUCCACGGACACCAGCCCCGACAAUGAUAGUACCCGAUUUGUCGAUCCCACGCGACAUCCGGACAAGCCAGACGCUAGUGAAGUUAGCCAACACCAGCAAGAGAAGGCAGCAGAAGGUCAGGAGCACAGUUCAGGCGCAGAGGACCAACUUCUUCAAGAAUCCAUCAGAUCCAGCACGACAUCUGCGACACCACAAGUACCUGAAGAAGCCGCGAAAGCUUCUAUGAUUGACAAUGUUCCAAAACAUGAACCCCCAGCAAGUGAGCCAAAGAAACUCGGUACCGCUGGGUUUCCCGAUAGUCAGGAUAGUUCGCCCGAUCAGAUGCAAGUCGACGCCACAGAGCUACCAACACAAGCCCAAACUCAGAAACCCAUAACUCCUCGCGAUUCAAAACCAGCGGCUCAAAGCACAGCUCAGACUUCCACUGCAGUCGUUAAAAAGGAACAGACUGCGCAACCACCGGCGCCGGAGAGAGCUGUCACUCGUGUAUCCUCCGGGGCUAUGCGAUUGAAAUCUGUGACCGAAAUCGUGGGAGGAGGCGCGAUAUCCCGCCCUUCCAUGUCAGACCGAGAUGCGACAAAAGGGUCACACGAUCAGCUCACACCUGUCACUUCGACUCCCCAGUCUCCGGCAUCCAGAGUAAGAAAUGGGCAUAAACGAGAUCGAUCGAAGGGCCAGGUGUCAACGGUCCUUUUCGGGAAACAACCAAAGCGAGUUGAUGAGAAAUCCAUUGUAUCGGGCCACAAGGAAAUCUUGCAGCCAACGGACGACUACUAUACUUCACUCUUCGUACAAAACUUUACCGGCGCGUCCAAGUGGAUGCAACCGCUUGAACGAAUCUUGUUUCAAGCAAAUAAGACCAUCGCCACUCCGGAUGCUAACAUUGUCAUCCAAGAUCACCAGGCUUGCAAGGUUCUAAGGCGUGUAUACCAUUUGCAACAGCAUGACAAGUGGUCGUUACGUCAACUCAAGCGCUGCCCUGAGCCGACAAGACCUCCGACACAAUGGGACACGCUACUACAAGAGAUGAAAUGGAUGCGGACUGAUUUUCGUGAGGAACGUAAAUGGAAAAUGACAGCUGCCCGAAAAUUGGCCUAUGCCUGCGCGGAAUGGUACGAAGCAUCCUCCGAUGAGCGAAAGCAGAUGCAAGUUCGUUCUGCUAUCCCUCCAAGGGCUGAGACGGUAGAAGCAGAUGUACCCAUGACGGAUGGUGAUGGAGACGGGGCGGACAAUCAGCCGACUCCAGAUCUGAUAUCAUCUGGCGAUGUAGACUCGCCGCAACCAGUGGACGAACUUGCCGAUGACUUCGUGGAAACCGUUCCCCCCUCCGCCAUCUUCACUCUACAGGAGGACGAUGUUGUGUUCGAGUUGCGGCGCACAUCGGCUUCGGAUGCACUACUUGAUGAGCUUCCGAUGUAUGGCUCGCCUCUGAAGGUACUGCGUGCGGAUAUCACAAACCCCGAGUAUGACCCAGACGCCCAUUGGCGCCGUCCUGCUUUGCCCCUGAGCAAGUAUGUGGAAGGUGAAAUGAAGCUUGUAACGUCCACCCCUCCGCGCAAACGCAGCAGAUUCAACUACGAGAAUGAGGAGUCGGAUGAUGAGUUUGAGGGCGCGUUCGUGGCCGACCAAGCGGUCCACAACGUUGAACUCCCCCCAAUGACUGACGAAGUUGCCCUAUUCCAACCCGACUCAAAACACAUCAGAGACCGGCUCCAUGCAGGCCACCAAUUCAGGCCACCUUCAGAACAUCCAAUGCCUGUGCAGAGCUUCUAUGAGUCUCGCGGGCCAUCGCAAUGGACUCUGGUAGAGGAUGAUGAACUGCGGGGGCUUGUUCGGGAGUAUUCGUACAAUUGGUCAUUGAUUUCGAACAUGUUGUCAACCAAAUCCAAGUUUCAGUCGGGCGCUGAGAGACGCACGCCUUGGGAAUGCUUUGAGCGAUGGAUCAAUCUCGAAGGCCUUCCAGCAGACAUGCAAAAGACGCAGUACUUCAAGGCAUACAACAGCAGAAUUGAGUCAGCACAGCGAGUCAUUGCUCAACAGAAUCAAAUUGCUGCACAACAAGCCAGUGCCGCUGGUGGUGCCAUGACGCCCGUUCGCAGGAGACCGUCAGUGCCACUGCGAGUCGAGAGGCGGCGUAAUCAAAAGCACUUGAGUCUACUUGAUGCAAUGAGAAAGCUCGCCAAGAAGAGAGAGACCACCAUUCAAAAGCAACAGCACUCAGCAUCACAAAAUUCAGCUAACAAGAAGCCCAACGACGCUAUUUCGCAAAGGCAGAAGAAGACGCCAAGAGAUUACAGUCUCCUCCGUUUCGAACGCGAUCAAGCUCUAGCAGAGAAGAUGGCACAGUACGCGCAGCGGCAAGAAGCCCAGCGACGAGCUGCUCUACAAGCCAGGACCCAAGGACAGGCAGCCCAAGCAGCCCAAGCAGCCCAAGCAGCGGGGGCUGGAGGACAAGCACAGCAAAACGGAAAUCAUCUUCCAAACGGCAGCGUUCCAGCAGCAGGUGGUGCUGCUCGUCCUGGUAUCCCAAGCCAACUCGCAGCCGCAGCUGCAGUUGCCGCUGCCACUCAGCGGCCUCGGAUGCCUAUGCAAGCUCCAGUCAAUGGGAUGGGAGUUGCUGGUGUCCAAGCUCAGAUGAAUGGCGGACUUUCGGUUGCCAGCCAGAUGGCCGCUGUCCCGCAGGCCCAGCUGCAAGCUGCGAUGCAAGGCCAGCAGAGAAUGCCAAUGCCGAACCAGCAGCCGGAUGCCAACUUGAUGCUUCGUGCCCAACGCAUCUCUGAACAGCAGAGAGUGCAGAUCCAGCAGGCUCAGCACCAGCAACAUCAUCAACCGCAGCAAGUCCAGCCACAUCAACAGCAUCAGCAACAGCAGCAGCAGCAGCAGCAACCACCGCAGCAACAGACCAAUGGCGCAGCAGUUGGUACUCCUGGGCCGCACAGCUCGCCUCCCCUGCGCAAUGGCAUCAACGGAAUCAAUCAACAAAACUACAUGACCACCGCACAGGCCAUGAUGGCUCAGUACAGUGCGGUUCCCAAUGGCAAUGGGCAUACACCACCGCCAACUAAUGGUCUACACAUGCCCGUCUCGGUUAAUGGCAGUUCCCCGGGCCAAAGAGUUCAUCCGCAACUUCCCGCCGGCAUCGCCGCACAGCUUGCUCAACUAGAAGCCCAGCUGAGGGCAAAGAACCCGAAUCUUACGCCCGAACAAGCACGCCAAGUCGCAACAGAACAUCUCACGAGAACCAUGAUGGCACAGCGCCAAUCUGCCAUGAAUGCUGCUGCGGGGGGAACCGGUCAGCCUGGUCUUGCCAACAGCAUUGCGGCAACCACCAGUCCUCACCAGUAUGCGGCUCUUCUCCGACAACAGCAGCAGGCCGCCGCCACUCUUCAGGCUCAGCAACAGGCAAAGGCUCAGCAGGCUCAACAGGCUCAGCAAGCGCAGCAGGCUCAACAACAAGUGCACCAGCGCGCAGGGAGCCAAGCAUCUCCUACUCCCGUCCCUGCGCCCAGUCCCGGGCAGAGCCAUCAACGCCAAUCCAGCGGUAGUGCCACUCCUUCAGGGGGGCAAUAA